AUGGCGGACGCAAACACUCCAAGUAUAGCAAUCAUACCGAGUCCUGGUGUUGGUCACCUAAUCCCACUCGUUGAGUUUGCAAAGCGACUCGUUGACCACCACCGGUUCACCGUAACAUUUAUCUUCCCCGGCGAAUCUUCUCCGUCCAGCGCCCUAAUAUCCGUUCUCAACUCCCUCCCUUCCUCCAUAGCCUCCGUAUUCCUCCCUCCCGUAGAUCUUUCCGACCUUCCAUCGACGGCGGGAAUCGAAACUCGGAUCUCACUCACCGUGACUCGUUCGAUCCCGGUCCUACGGGAGCUUUUCGGCUCGUUAUCUUCGGAGAAACGUCUCCCGGCGGUUCUCGUUGUCGAUCUAUUUGGUACGGAUGCGUUCGACGUCGCCGUUGAGUUCCACGUGGCACCAUACAUCUUCUACCCAUCAAAUGCCAACGUCUUGUCGUUCUUGCUUCACUUGCCGAAACUAGACGAAACGGUGUCGUGUGAGUUUAGGGACUUAACGGACCCGGUUGAGAUUCCCGGUUGUGUCCCGAUAACCGGUAAGGAUUUCGCCGAUCCGUGUCAAAACCGAAACGACGACGCAUACAAAUGGCUUCUCCACAACGCCAAGAGGUUCAAAGAGGCUAAAGGGAUUCUACUGAAUUCUUUCGUCGAUUUAGAGCCUAACGCUAUAAAGGCUUUACAAGAACCGGCUCCUAACAAACUACCGGUAUACCCGAUUGGACCGUUGGUUAGGACAGAUUCAUCUUAUGCUAACCGGAACGACGAGCCUGAUGAAUGUUUAAAAUGGCUGGACAACCAACCAUUCGGCUCGGUUCUAUACGUAUCAUUUGGAAGCGGCGGCACACUCACGUGUGAGCAGCUCAAUGAGCUCGCUUUCGGUCUAGCGGAGAGCGGGAAACGGUUUAUUUGGGUCAUAAGAAGUCCGAGCGGGAUAGCUAAUUCCUCAUUUUUCAACUCACACAGCCAAACCGAUCCAUUGACAUUCUUGCCACUUGGGUUCUUGGACCAAACCAGGGAAAAAGGCUUAGUGGUUCCGUCUUGGGCUCCACAGGCUCAAAUCCUGGCCCAUCCAUCCACGGGUGGAUUUCUAACACAUUGUGGAUGGAAUUCGACUCUUGAAAGCAUCGUAAACGGUGUGCCGCUCAUAGCGUGGCCUUUGUAUGCCGAGCAAAAGAUGAACGCAUUGCUGCUUGUGGAGGGUGUUGGGGCGGCUCUAAGAACACGAACUGGUGAAGAUGGAAUGGUAUCAAAGGAAGAAGUGGUGAGAGUGGUUGAGAAGUUGAUGGAAGGGGAAGAAGGGAAAGCGAUAAGGAAUAAAAUGAAAGAGUUGAAAGAAGGAGUGGUUAGAGUCUUGAGAGAAGAUGGGUUCUCUACGAAAUCACUCACUCAAGUUUCUUUAAAGUGGAAAUCCCACCAAUGA